CUGUCUCUGUCUUCCAGGUCAGUGAAUAAUUUCCUGAUGACGGGCCCCAAGGCCUACCUCAUCUACUCCAGCAGCGUGGCGGCCGGGGCGCAGAGUGGCAUCGAGGAGUGCAAGUUCCAGUUUGCCUGGGACCGCUGGAACUGCCCUGAGAGGGCACUGCAGCUCUCCAGCCACGGUGGGCUGCGCAGCGCGAACAGAGAAACUGCCUUUGUCCAUGCCAUCAGCUCUGCAGGCGUCAUGUACACACUGACCCGGAACUGCAGCCUCGGGGAUUUUGACAACUGUGGCUGUGAUGACUCCCGCAAUGGACAACUGGGGGGGCAAGGCUGGCUGUGGGGAGGCUGCAGUGAUAACGUGGGCUUUGGGGAAGCCAUUUCCAAGCAGUUUGUGGAUGCCUUGGAGACUGGACAAGAUGCCAGAGCUGCUAUGAACCUGCAUAACAAUGAGGCGGGUAGAAAGGCAGUGAAAGGGACCAUGAAGCGGACUUGCAAGUGCCACGGUGUGUCAGGGAGCUGCACCACCCAGACCUGCUGGCUGCAGUUGCCCGAGUUUCGAGAGGUGGGGACUUACCUCAAGGAGAGGUACCACAAAGCCCUGAAGGUAGACUUGCUGCAGGGGGCAGGGAACAGCGCUGCCAGCCGGGGUGCCAUCGCUGAGACCUUCAGCUCCAUCUCCAAGAAGGAACUGGUCCAUUUAGAAGACUCUCCUGACUACUGUCUGGAGAACAAGACACUGGGGCUACUGGGCACAGAGGGCAGGGAGUGCCUGAAGAGGGGCAAGGCACUCAGCAAGUGGGAGAAGCGGAGUUGCCGGCGGCUGUGUGGGGACUGUGGGCUGGCAGUGGAGGAGAGACGAGCUGAGAUGGUGUCCAGCUGCAACUGCAAGUUCCACUGGUGCUGCGCCGUGCGGUGUGAGCAGUGCCGCAAACGGGUCACCAAGUACUUCUGUGUCCGCAAGGAGAAGCGGGAGCGGAGCGGAGGUGGCGGGGCCAGCCGCAAGCUCAAGAGAAAGCUCUGA